GGCCCUGGCCUGGCCCACUCGCGCCAAGGUCAGCCACUCGGCAGGCCUGGGCCACGCGGCCCCAGAGAAAGGCCAGGGCCCCGUCCUCCCUGUGUGAGGGAGAUGGCUCCCAACGAGAGCAGAGCACCAGGGUGGGGGCAGCCCCCGCAGCCCUCCAUGCCCUGGGUGGCCACUCCCAGGGACAGCCUGGAGACGGUCCCCUCUCCUGCCUCCUCCAGGGGCGAAGCCCUUCCCCGCCAUGAGCCCAUGGCGUCCUCACUUGGACCAGCCAGCCCAGGAUGCGCCGGGGCAGCCGGGGGCGACAGGACGGGGGCCGCCCCAGGGAUGGAGCUCGCAGGCCGGGAAGAAGGGGCUGCCCCCAAAGUCACCCUGACCAUCUGCAGUUCGGAGGAUGAAUCAGAAGCGACUGCAGGCUCAGAGCGAGACCCCCUCUUUGCCGUCCAGGAGAGCCUCCCAGAACAGAAAGCACCCGGACAAAUCCCACCACUGGACGCACCCACAGCCCAGGCCACACGGCGCACACAGCCGGCCGUGGAGCGGCCGCAGGUCACGGUCAGGCCCCCGGUCGUGCACACGGUGCCGCCCCUUCCCACCACCCAGCACCAGGCACCAGGCCGUGAAGACCGGCAAAACCAAGGCAGGAGUCUUCAGGGGGGAGAGGGCGAGACUGGGAACGCGGGAGCCCUGCCUCGCACCACGGCCCAGACAGGGGCUGGCCCCGCACUCGCGCCUCCGCGGGGUGCUCUCCGCAAGCAUCCCGAUGUCCCCACGGCUCUUCCCCUGAUGAAGCCACAGACAAGCUUUCCUGCAGGAAAAGCAGCCAGACGCAGCCCCGAGGCUUCACACAAGCUCCAGGAGCACAAGGGCAGCUCAGGGGAAGGCGCUUCUGAGCCCAGUUCCGAGCUGCGUUGGCCACAGUCUGGGGAAAGGCCGGUGGGCGACCUCGGCCCCUCGCCACAUCAUUCCGCGGCCUUGGAAGACCCUCGGGGAGGACCGGCCAGCUGUGCCCUCAGCAGUCAGCCAGCACCAGCUCCCAAAGGGAGGAGCAAGACCGACGUCCCCAGAUGGCCAGGGACGGGACUGGCCGAGGACGGGACAGGGCCUGAGAGCCUGAUCUCUAUGGACAAGAGCCCCCUAUGUGAGCGAGAAGGACGCAGCGGGACCCUGUGGUCACCAGAGUUGACCUGGCCCUCAGCCAGGGCUGGAGGCAGCACCAGCCACAAUCGUGGCCAGAACAGAGCGACAUUCUCAAAUGAACAACUAAAACCAAGCUUCAGAGCGCCCGGGCGGGUGACGGCUGCGGGGGCCUCCAGGAGUCCCCCGGCUUCAGCGACAGGUAAUGCCCUGAGCCCAGGAAACAGGGUGGCAGAAGAGUCGGCCCCCUGGCAGGAGGGAGGCAGCCCUGUGCUGCCCACAGGCCCCGGUCUAGUGGUGCAGGAGCCCACUCCCCAGCCUUCGAGGUCCCUGCCCACUCCCCUGCAGGAGGCUGCCAGCACCCCACUCCCACUGGUCACGCCCAAGGAGGCUGCUUCCCAUAAACCAGCCACAGGCAAAAUGGAGGUGGCGGCUGGAAGCAGAAACGCAGGUGCUGUGCAGUGGAGCCAUCAGGGGAACAGCCCAGAGCCCUGGACUCCUGCGCCAGGCAGCCUGGUGCCACAGGAAGGCCACAAGGAGGGGGCUUUGAGCCACACCUUGGGCACCAGGCCACUGCCUUCGGACAGCCAGCCAGCCACAGGCAGGGCGCUCCUCUGGUCCAGAGAGCAGCUUCCUGCAGGCGCUGGGCUUUCCCACCAGCCUCCCUGGGGGGCGACAGCAGCAGAAGGGCAGGGGGCAGACAGGGCGGCCUGGAAGGACGCCAACCUCCAGGCGCCCGGGCAAGUCGUGGCUGGGGAGAAGCAGCGACCAUGGGCUGGCCUGGGCAGUAGAGAAAGUCUCCGUGGGCAAGAGGAGGGGGGCCCUGUGAGUCUGAAGGGUCCUGGAAAGAAGGGAGAAGCCUGUUUAAGUGAGAAGGCCAGCUCGAAUGGGGCUGAGGCCGCGAGCUGGCCCCGGGACGAGGCUGCGGGGGAUGACACGGUGGCCCCGACAGAGGAGGCUCCCGGCCCGCACACUGGGAGAGGCCCAGAGCACCCACUGGGGCAGGGGGCAAGGCGUGCAGAGGGCCUCCCUUGGGGACCCAGAGCCCAGGCAGCCGGGAACCAAGCUCCUUCCCCUGCAGAGAGCCCGAUGCGCCGGACACAGGCCCCGGCUGGCAGGGUGGUGCCCCCCGGCUUGGCACGGCCCACAGGCAGCUCAGCGGAGGUGGUGCCCAUCGUGAGCAGAAGUGUGGCAGCCGGGAGACCGGACCCCAGGGGUAGCCAUGGGGGGCCUGGAGCACCAUGCCGGGCAGGGGAGAGCCAGACAGCCCCCGGUCCCCGGCCAGCACAAGGCCCCGCAGUGCCCACAUCCCCGCUGGGGGGCUGCCACGUGCCUGGUGCCCCAGCCCAGGAGAGGUCUCCGGACACCCACAGGGCUGGGAGAGGCUCACUGGGACGCGGACCUGGCGGGAGGGCAGCCCACCUGGCCAAGUACAGAGCCCAGAGCUUCAGCGACCAGAAGUCCUUUGAUCUGUCCUUCAGACCAAUGACUCUCAGGGCCAAUGACACGUUCACACUUCCCAAGUGAGUCCCCGCGGGAACCAGCAGCCUUGCUCUGAGCGCAGUAGGGCCAGCAGAGUCGCUCUGUCUGUGGUGGCCCUGGGAGGACGUGAGCCUCGUGGCCUGCCACUGUGGCCGUGCUGGCAACACCCUGCCUGAGCUGGCGUCUUCACCAGGGGCGUUCAGGUCCCGCUUGUCUCUGUGCAGAGCAGGUGUUUCUAGGCUUCACCCUUUGGUGCGGAGCUUGGAGUGGGUCUGUGUGUCCCCUCCUGGGGGCUCGGGCUUCAGCUUUGAGGGCUCUCUGCCCCUUGUGGGGUCCCCAGCUGGCAGGCGCCUAUGUGGCCCAUCCUAGCUCAGACUCGGUGGGGACAGUGAGUGUCCCCCUCCGGUCCUGGAAGAAGACAAAGGGCUUCAGUUUGACGUAGUUUGACUCCUGGGUGGCCUGUGACCUUGACCCUGCCGGCCACGAGACGGUCAAGGAGACACCGGGAUGCGGGUCUGGCCCCUCCAGUCCUGCUCAGGAAGGCCAGCUCCUGGGCCCAGCCUGGAGGGAGCCGACGGCCCAGGAAGGACGACAGUGGCCGUUAGCGCCGUUUUCAGGCUCCCAAGUCCAAGGACGCUGUUGUUCAGAGACUGUGGGGCGGAAAGUGAAACAUCGCCCAGUACUGGUCUGUCACUGUCACCACAGCAGCCUCCCUGAGGCCCAUGGGGACCCUGGAUGGCGGCGCCCGGGUGCCGGGAAAGCUGCUUUCCCACGAAGCACGCCGGUCCCCGGCCACUGCCCUAGACGCCACACACUGCGUCCUCGGCCACUAAGGACAAUGCACUUUCAGUCUGGAAUGCUCGCAUGUUGUAGAAGUCUAAGGAAGGAAAUAAAAGUCUCCGUAAGCGUGCUGCCUGGAGGUGAUUUUUCACUUUGUUCUCCAAGCUUGUGCCCUGCCUUGUUCCUAAAGCAGAUGCCGGGUCACGGCUCCCGUGCAUUUCCACCUUAGUCACAGGGCAGCCGUGAAGGGGCUCAGUCCCAGCGGCCAGGGCCCCGGGACGAGCCCAGUGGGACCCCCACCCCUGCCCGGCUCUCUGCCUGUGGUGACGCCUCUUGCAGAAAGUGGGUUCUGCUCUGUGAGGACUUCUCUUUUUUUAAACUUUAAUGCACUUUUUAAAGGUUACUUUCCACUUACAGUUGUUACAGAACAUCGGCUCCGUUCGCAGUGUGCACAGCCCAUCCUCGAGCCUGUCUUACACCUGACAGUUUGUGCCCCUCCCGACCCUGCUCACCACUCGUGUGCUCUCUGUGUCUGUGAGCCUGCUUCUUUUUUGUUAUAUUCACCAGUUUGUUGUAUUUUCUAGAUUCCACAUGUAAGUGAUAUCAUACAAAUAUUUCUCUGUCCAACUUACUUCA